UCCUGUUAAGGGGGGUCAGAGAUAGAUCCACACCCCUGGGUGUGGAACUAUAGAGUACAGAGAAGAGUACAGGCCAAGUUCCAAUCAACCCAACCGGUGGAUCUAGGUAGGUUGGUCCAGCCCAGGCUCCAGGCUAUGUCUCCCUGGCUGUGGGACAGCUAUUCCAUACUGAGUUGAGAGGGACCUGCCUGGCUGGGGACUACAGGAACAGACAUGGGGCUGGGACAAUCCAACAAGGCUUCCGUCACCGAUGACACAGAGGAGGUCAAUUUUGACCACUUCCAGAUCCUAAGGGCUAUCGGGAAAGGAAGUUUCGGGAAGGUGUGCAUUGUGCAGAAGAAGGACACAAAGAAAAUGUAUGCCAUGAAGUAUAUGAACAAACUGAAGUGUGUGGAACGGAACGAGGUCCGCAAUGUUUUCAAGGAGAUGCAGAUCAUGCGGAACCUCGAGCAUCCUUUCCUUGUCAACUUCUGGUACUCGUUCCAGGAUGAGGAGGACAUGUUCAUGGUAGUGGAUCUGUUGCUGGGAGGAGACCUGCGCUACCACCUCCAGCAGAACGUUCACUUCUCGGAGAGCACUGUCAAGCUGUACGUCUGUGAGAACGCCCUGGCGCUGGGCUACCUCCGCAGCAAACGCAUCAUCCACAGAGACAUCAAACCUGACAACAUUCUGUUGGACGAACACGGACAUUGUCACCUGACGGACUUCAACAUCGCUGCCAUCGUCAAAGACGAUCUAAGAGCCACGUCUAUCGCAGGGACCAAACCUUACAUGGCCCCCGAGCUGUUCCAGCCACACGAGGGAAUACACCCUGGCUACUCCUUCUCUGUGGACUGGUGGUCUCUGGGCGUCACUGCCUACGAGCUUCUGCGAGGACAGAGGCCGUACGUCAUGCGCUCCAGCACACCGGCCAAUGAGAUCCUCCAUAUGUUCCACAAGGUCAACCCUAGCUACCCCAUAGCCUGGUCUGUGGAGAUGAAGACCAUGCUCAGAAAGUUGCUGUGUAUUGACGUGCACCAGCGUGUGUCCUGCCUGGCUGAGCUGCAGGAUCUAGACCUGCUGUCUGAUGUCAACUGGGACGCUGUGCUCAGCAAACAGCUGCCCCCCGGCUUCAUCCCCAACAGGCGGAGGCUCAACUGCGACCCCACCUUUGAGCUGGAGGAGAUGAUCCUGGAGUCCAAACCGCUGCACAAGAAAAAGAAAAGACUAGCCAGGAAGACCAGAGAACAGGGCUCCAAUGGGUCCCCCCAGAAUGGUCAGCUCCAGCAGCGCCUGAACAAUGUGGAGAGGGACUUCAUCAUCUUCAACAGAGAAAGGUCAAAGAAGGCUGUGGCAGACACAGAGGUAGCAGACCUCACCACGACAGAGAAGAACAAGGCUAUCGAAGACGGACAGAACAACAACGUGGACCCGGCAGCCUACAUAUCAGGAUAGUGGACUAUGGCUUGAGCCGUAAGUCGCCACGCUAACCUGGCCACAGCUUGUAGAUCACUACUAACCAAUCGUCCACUUCCCCUCUCCCGAGGCCGGCACAGGGCACUCAGAUUGAACUUUAACCCUGACACAUUCCCCCAACAGCCAGCUAUUAUGCCCAGACCCCAGACUUCAGGAGCUCACAUAGACUACUACUUUACAGAGUAGCUGACCUAGACAGACAGACAGACCCUGGCUCUUUUCACUUUUCCUAUGAUGGGAGACGUGCCUCUCAGUGGGCAGCCCUCCUCACACACUACCCUGACCUGACCUGCCUGAUGCGCUAUGGUCCCCCAGAGCUCUCCUCCCUCCACCAAGUUAGCCAGGCCCAGGAAAUUACUUAACUACAAACCCAGCAGGGAGCAGAGCCAGACAGGAUACAGCCACUAUGCCUGUUAUGCUGAGGCUAAACUCAGGCCAGGCAGGAAAUGAAGCAUAAUGUUGACAAGUAGGAGACUACGUCUUUGAAAACAGUGCUGACUUGCUUUUGGAAGAGAGAGGGGUUGUGAGUAGCAUCACACAAAAUGAAUUAGGAUUAGAGUAUGCGACAUGAGGCCUUUGUUUUCAAGACUCUUCGAAGACAACGAGAACCACUGUAGGCUUGGUCGCUAACUGCUGAAAGUAAUAUGUCUCUGUGACAUUAUUAGGCAUCAAUGUGGCUCUCAAGCAAACCAAAAUGACUGGUGCUCGACAUGGGAUAUUUUGUACAUAAAUCUUCAUUGAUGAAUAGAUAGGUAUUGUCUGUUCCGCGCACAAACAUGAUUUGCACACGCUUCUCCAUUAGUUGUAGCAUUUAUGCACAGAGGUCAAAGAGGAGUAGAUGAAUCCUCAUUCUCUUCUGGUUUUUAGAGGGGUGCCAGUAGAGGAGAGUGGGGGAACUUGACCCAUUUGUUACAUUCAGCGUCAAGUCUGCCAAAGGGAAACAUAGUAUUCUUUCCAAUAAAGAUAUCUACAUAUAUGUCAGGAUGUUGUGAAUCGCUGCAAAUAAUCCGAAUUCAUCUCAAACUUUAUACUUUUGAAAACAUAUCUUGUUAUAAAAAAAAGUGGUCUCUUGGCACAACUUACCCCGGGGAAUGGGGUAAGUGGAUCCCCGGGACAGGUUCAGCAAGUAAGCCGCCUACACAUUUCUGUGCUGAAUGAAAUAAUACCACUACCUUUUUAAAGACCAUGUCAAUCUUUAUUUCAAAAACACAAUCCAUCACAAUAACUUUUUUUUGUCUUUUAAUCAUUUUAAGGAUCUUUCAACACAGUUUUAACACCUAACAAAAACUUUGUACUUUUGUAAUCACUUUUAACAUAGGCCAGGCCUUGUUGUUACCUCAUAUCCCAGUGAUAAUACCUUGCAUUAUGCCUUGGGGGAAAAAAACACUUCAAUUUGAUCGACUUACCCGAUGGCCAUUGGCUCAACUUACCCCAAGGCAAACAUUUUGACUAUAUUAUCCCACACAGCUACAAGGAUGCACUUUCAUGCUUGGUUUAGGACAUCAUUAUUGAAACUUAUAGAGUACCCCAACCCCAAAAUCUUUAAAUGAUCUACUUUGGUUUAUUUGUUCGUUUAUUUGGACAUAUCUUGCUUACCACUUUUUUUCCAUGUGGUUUCUUCCUUCACAGACUCCAUGAAACGAUGAAUUCUUCCUAAAUAUUUGACCAAAUGAUACAUUUUGUGUGUGGUUUCCCUAGAAACAAGGGUGGCUCAACUUACCCCACUCUCCCCUAUGUGCCUUCUAACUUGUAUAUAGCACAUACUGGGUUUCCCCAUGAAGAGAAGGAUCAUCACACAGUCAGUUUGUUACACUGUAAAUCACCAUCCUCUAGUCUAAUACGUGUUUUGGAAAAUAGCUUUGCCAUUAUAUUGACCCGAUCUGAAAUACAAUUCAAAACUUAUCCAAGGCUUUUCCUGUCCUUAGUUAUCAGAUCUACUACUGGGACCUUUCUAACAACCCUUAUUGGUACAGACAUUCAAACUAGCAUUAGGUUUUCCAGAAAUGUAUGUAAUUCAAUUGCACAAUGAAAGCAGAGUUGUACAAGGAGUGCUGCAUUUUGUUUGUCAUUUGUUGUUUUGUUGUCAAGCAGCUGGUGCCUUAAUUUCGUACGUUUCUUUGGGACACCGACCUUUACCACUGCUUUGUGCUUUUUAUUACCGCGCUGCUUCUAAACAAGCAGAAACACUGUUGAACGUUUCCUUUUACAUUCACAGGUGUUACCUAACUAACUGCUCAUUGUGCGUCUUUAAUACGUCGCCAGAUAAAUGUGGCCUUUCGUGGAUUUGGCAACAAGUUGGAGGCAUUGGUUAAAAAGACCGACCAAACAUAGUUGUGGAAGAGAAAAGAGUUGUAUUUAGGCUCCUCCUGUGCAAACUGCCUUGGCGUAUACCACAUAGGCACUUAGGGUAGAGCCUGUAUAUCUUUCAGUCCUAUUACCUGGAGCUGUGCCUCUCUAUAUGGUUUCUUAAAGGUACAGUGCAGUCAAAAACACGAUUUCCCUGUGUUUUAUGUCUAUACUUCCACACUACGAGGUUGGAAUAAUACUGUGAAAUUGUGACAAUUAUGAUACGUCCCUUUUAGUGUAAGAGCGAUUUGAGGAGACCGCCUGAAAUGUCAUCCUUUUUUGGUGGGAUGGAGUUUUGGCCUUCCAUGGUGAUAUCACCAUGUGGUAAAUUAGUUAAUAGACCAGUAAGAAAGAUUGUUCCCGAACCUCUCUGCCAAUAAUAGGUCAUUUUCAGUUUUCCCCCUCUCCGUUCAGAACACUCCAAGACAGUCCUAGCUAUAAUUCUUGCAUGAAAAAUUGAACUCCGCUAAGAAGCUAUUUUUGUUUCUUUUUGACUAUUUGAGAUGAAAACAAUUCCAGUAAGAUACUUAAUUGUUACCCAAAAAUGAAAGGCUGCAUUGGACCUUUAAGGCUGGGGGCUGUAGUGGUUAUGGUGGGGAUAAAUCCUGUAGUUGUAGGCCUGUCUGGCUCUUCCUAGGGGGGGAGUCAAAAGCAUAUCAAUCACACUACUGACUCUGAGUGGGAAUUACCAUCUCCUGGAACACCCUCCUGACAUCAGAGAGAGAGAGAGAGAGAAGUUUGACACCUGCGUGCCCUCCAGAGAGAGAUGAUAGAAGGAGACUUUCUGUACAUAACCUGCAAAAAGAAAAUUGGGUUAGAGAAGCGGGUUCGAAUCCCAUUGCCGACGGGGGAGAAUCUGGCAGGCGUGAGCUGGUAACUGGAGGGUUGCUGUCGUCAAUAUUACAGGUGCCAUAUACUGCCGGCUCAACCCCCUAAGUCUGCUCAUUGGAUGCUGCCCUCUGCUCCAGCCUCUCCAACCUAAUGUGUGUUUGUAUGUAUCUGUGUGUGUAUAUUGAAGGGGUUGGGUUAAUGCAGAAGACACAUGUCCGUUAACUAAUAAAGUAUAUCUUAAAACAACGUGAUGAGUUAGCCAGAGAAAUACCUCAGAGGGUUAAAUGCUAGACCUGUUUUUGAUGUGUGGUGUUAGUUUUCUGAUUAGCAGCAACAGGAGACUAGAGGGAAUACUAUAUAAUUAAUGAUGGCAGAUAAAUAGACAAAUCCAUUACAAAUUGGUUUCAAACAAGCCUUUCCUCCAUCUCCAUGCUUCGUGUGUGGUUGAUUUUCUAUGAUAAACUACAAUGGAACACUGCCACCUAGUGUGUGUUAGUGGUAGUGCUCCUGUGUACUUAAAGGCCCAGUGCAGUCAAAAUGGGAUUAAUCUAUGUAUUAUAACACUAUGCGGUUGGAAUAAUACUGUGAAAUUGUGAAAAUUAUGAUAAUGCACUUUUAGUGUAAGCGCUGUUUGAAAAGACUGCCUGAAAUUUCAGUCUGAUUUGGUGGGAUGGAGUCUUGGCCUUCCAUGGUGACAUCACCAUGCGGUAAAUUAGUUAAUAGACCAAUAAGAAAGAGAGUUACAAACCUCUCUACCAAUAACAGCAAAUGUUCCGUUUUCCCCUCCCCAAACAGACCAAAUACAAUGUCUACAAAUAUCCUUUCACGUUUAUUUAUUUCUGUCUGUGCUAAUCCAAGUAUGUAUUUAAAAUAAAGUUGAGGAU